AUGAAGACAAUCAACGUAGAAAUGUUAGAGAACUUUGAUUUAGAUUACUUUGUGGAUGAUUAUUUUGACGAUUUAUCGCAAUCGCCGUAUUCCUCCGCGGACGAUGAUUUAAAAUUUUAUCAAAAUGGGUUUGCGAAUUUCGGUGAACAUAUGAUUUGUGAUAAAAAUUAUAAAUUUGGAAAAUCAAAACGUCGAAGAAAGAAAUGUGGUCAGUUUCAAAUUCAACAAAGACACGCUGCCAAUCUCCGAGAACGACGGAGAAUGCAGUCCAUAAAUGAGGCUUUCGAAGGUUUACGGACACAUAUUCCAACGUUACCGUAUGAGAAACGUCUGUCAAAAGUUGACACGUUACGAUUAGCUAUAGGCUAUAUAGGCUUUCUGGCGGAUAUGUUAACAUCUACGGCAUCAAUGGGAGAUGAAUCUGAAAGAUCUCUACGGAACCAAAGAAAAAUUAUAAUUCAUUGCCAUGAAGCCUUCGAUCCGGAAAACCCGUUUGCGGCCCCAUAUUUGAUAGGACAUUCACUAUCUUGGAAGAAUGAAAAAGUGCCAACUCUUGGGCCUAAUAACACCAUGUCAGCAAAAAUAUGGAGGCCCGAGGCGCCCGAGAAAAUUACUGACAUUAAAACCGAGAAGCAAGUCUGUGAUAGUAAGGUUAAAAACUGUACAAAAUCUAAAACAAUCGAAAGUGAAAAGGUGGACGAGAACAUUGAAGUGGAAAUUGAUAAAACUUGA